GAUUAGCUGCUAAACAAAGUCAAGGAUUGCUCCAAAAAUCCUCUCUUUUCUCUUUUGUAGUUUACAGAUUAUCGAACCCAUCAUGGCGAAAUCGGAGACUGAUCACCUCAAGGAAGUAGAAUACUUCGACAUUCUUAACAAAGCAGGUCAGAAAACCGGCAUAGCCAAACCAAGGGAAGUUGUUCACAGAGAAGGGGAUUACCAUCGGGCUGUUCAUGUCUGGAUUUAUUCAGAGAGCACACAAGAACUUCUUGUUCAGCAACGUUCUGAUGGCAAAGAUUCGUGGCCUGGGCUGUGGGACAUCUCCAGUGCUGGCCAUAUUUCUGCUGGCGAUUCAUCUCUUGUCACGGCCAGGAGGGAGCUCCAUGAGGAACUUGGUAUAAAUCUCCCAAAGGAUGCAUUUGAACUCAUAUUCACCUUCUUGCAGGAGUGUGUUACAAACAACGGAAAAUUCAUCAACAAUGAAUUCGAGGAUGUAUAUUUGGUAACUACUCUAGCUCCAAUUCCUUUGGAGGCUUUUACUCUGCAGGAAUCAGAAGUCUCUCAUGUCAAAUAUAUUCAUUUUGAGGAGUACAAGAGUUUUCUUGAAAAAGAGGAUGCGAAUUAUGUUCCUUAUGACGUGCAUGGACCAUAUCGCCAACUUUUUGAAAUUAUUGCGAAAAGGUAUACUGAAAAAACGGAGGCACGGAGUAGGGCUCUAACAAAGCAGCUUUCUCGCUAUGCACCCAUCUCUCUUGAGGCUGAGUUGGCAGGGCUUACUGAUGCAGACAUAGAAGCCUUGGCACUUCUUGUGAAAGCUGGGACUAUCAUUGAUGAAAAUUAUCACUUGCAGGUCUGGUGCUGCAAUCCUUCCUUAAGGGAUUGGUUGAAGCAGCAUGCAGAAACAUCUCAAUUAGACAAGUUAAAGUGGUUGUACUAUAGCAUCAACAAAUGCCCAUGGUCUUGCCUGGAUGAAAAUGAGGCAUUUUUGACAACUGCAGACUCAGCUGUUAAGUUACUGUCUAAGGCUACAAAGCCAGUUUUAGGAUGGAAGGGAAUCGAAUAUAAAGCUGCUUUUCCUGUAACAAAACCACCGACUGCAAAUUUUUAUCCUCCUGAUAUGGAUAAAACGGAAUUCGAAUUAUGGGCUAAAAGUCUUGGAGAGGAUCAGGAGCAAGAUGCAAAGGGAUUCUUUAGUGUCAUCAAAAGACAUAGCGAAUCCAUCUUAGACAAUGUGGCCCCUAUUAAGGGAGAUGGCGCUAGUGUGAGCAGGGUCACUCAUGACCUUUACUCUUCUCCUUAUUCUCACGAGUAUGCAAAUUUCCUUGGGAGAAUUGCUGAGCUAUUACAUAAAGCAGGAGAACUGACAAGCUCACCUAGUUUGAAGAAGUUGUUACAUAGCAAAGCUGAUGCCUUCCUGUCAAAUGAAUACUAUGAUUCAGAUAUUGCAUGGAUGGACUUGGAUUCGAAGUUGGAUGUUACGAUUGGUCCAUAUGAGACUUAUGAAGACUCGCUUUUUGGAUACAAGGCAACUUUCGAGAUGUUUGUUGGAGUUAGGGAUGACAAAUCCACAGCUGACGUUAAGCUUUUUGGUGAUAACUUGAAGGUUUUGGAACAAAAUCUUCCAAUGGAUGACAAAUAUAAAUCAGAAACUGUGAUUGCUGCUCCUAUUCGUGUAAUUCAGCUGAUUUACAAUUCAGGGGAUGUAAAAGGUCCUCAAACAGUUGCAUUUAAUCUCCCAAAUGAUGAGCGAAUAGUGAAAGAUCGUGGAACAUCAAUGGUCAUUCUCAAGAAUGUCUCAGAGGCAAAAUUCAAACAUAUUCUCCAACCUAUAGCUAGCGUAUGUAUUACGAAAGAGCAAUUCCAAUAUGUAGACUUUGACUCUUUCUUCACUCACACAAUUUGCCACGAGUGCUGCCAUGGAAUCGGACCACACUCCAUAACUCUUCCAAAUGGUGAACAGUCUACCGUCAGAUUGGAGCUGCAAGAGCUACAUUCAGCAUUAGAAGAAGCUAAGGCUGAUAUUGUUGGUCUAUGGGCUCUAGAAUUUCUUAUAACCCAGAAAUUGAUUCCCAACGACUUAAUCAAGUCUAUGUAUGUUUCAUUCCUUGCGGGAUGCUUCCGAUCAAUUCGUUUUGGAUUAGAGGAAGCUCAUGGGAAAGGACAAGCACUGCAGUUUAAUUGGCUAUUUGAGAAAGGUGCCUUUAUUUUGCAUCCAGAUGACACAUUUUCAGUUGACUUUGAUAAGGUUGGUGAAGCUACCAAGAGCCUGAGCAGGGAGAUAUUGACAAUACAGGCAAAAGGCGAUAAAGCAGGUGCAACUGCUCUUCUUGAAAAGUAUUGCACAAUAUCUCAACCAUUGAAAAUUGCGUUAGAAAAACUGGAAAACGUUCAGGUUCCAGUUGAUAUAGCUCCAAAAUUCCCAAUUGCUGAGAAAUUUCUGGGAGGAGCAGGCAUCUGAGAUUUGGUUCUAGCAAUUUCUCAUAAAUUAUUUUGGUAAACUAGUUUUUUUUUUCCCCAAAUAAUGAAUUUGAGUUUUAAAAUGUAAAAGUUUGAAUUCAAAAGUAUUUAAUUUUGAAUUGUUUUCAAAUAAAACUUAACGAUGUUCUGCUUAGGAAACAUUGACUUAAGCUAGCACGAAUCGCUUCAGUCAUGCACCCCACUUCAAUUUAAGGUAUUCAUCGAAUCCGAGACUUUUGAUUUCGUAGUCAAGACUAUUGAGUUAGGAAACAUUACAAUAGAAACAACUUUUAAGCCUGCUUCCAAACAGGUUUUGUAAAUUAAUGAUGAAAAAUGGGGCAGUGACCAACUACUAGCGGUCGCCCCCACCUUCCAUUAAAAAUGACUUAUUGAUUGUGAUGUAUUCCUUAUCCUCUUUUAUAUUAAUACCAUUUUGCUUUCUAUCA